AUGGCUUCCUACCUGGCCAUUAUUGGCACAAAAGACAACCCAGUGUACGAGCUGGAAAUCAUUCCUAUUAAGGAGAUGAAUGAAGAUAUUUUGAAGUCUCAUCUUCAUCAAUUUGUCGCACAUGCUUCACUGGACUUGAUCGAACAAGGCCAGUGGACAAGUAAUUCACUGUACUUGCGUUCCAUUGACCAAUUCCAUGAUACCAUGAUUUCAGCGUUCCUGACACCGUCGAAUAUAAAGUUCAUUCUGCUCCACAAAACAAAGAACGACGACGGGAUCAAGCUCUUUUUCCAGGAAUUGCACGAACUAUACAUUAAAAUGUUAAUGAACCCGUUCUAUGAGCCCAACCAGCCGAUUCACUCACAAGCCUUCGACCUGCGAGUACGAACGCUGGCCAAACGACAACUGUAA